CGGAGCUCUCUAACCAGCUAUAUUUAUCUUGUAGCUGCAUACACACACACACGUACACACACACACACGUACACACACACACACACACACACACACACACACACACACACACGCACAUAUUCGCGAGCGGUUUGUCAAUGAGAGUGGGGCAGUUGGCCAGAAGCCCGUGACUGCAGAAACUUUGUUCCGUCCUCUCUUGACUUUCAGCUCCGAGUGCAGAUAACAGGGUCUUGCUGCAGAAGAGCAAGACGCUGGCCCCCUGAGGGCUCCAGGAGGUAUUUGCUUCACUCCAGGGGAAAGACAGGGGCUGGGUACCAGGUGCGGGAGCAGAUCCCUGGGUGGAAUGGAGUUCCCCAGGGGCCCCAGGCUUGCCAUGGAAGAAGGUCUCAGGAGAUUAGAAGAGGAGGAAGAGGGUGAUAAUAGCAGCAAUGUGGUACCGCAGGAGCUGGAUUGGCUGCAAUUGUACCUCAGCCCGUUACCUGAUGGCUACAUGAAGGCAAAAUUCACCCUGUCAGCCUACCUGGCAUGCUGGCUCAUUCUGAAGCUGUGCAAGAAAGCCUAUGAACAAAGACCUCAUUCAUCCAAACAGACGCCAGAACCAGCAGAACCCUACACAGGUGAUGUUGAAUUGGAAGACAACCAGCUCCUCUCUGCUACAGUGGAUGUAGACAAGCAAAGGCUGAGCCAGGAAACUGAUGAGGAUUAUUUUGAGACCCAGUCUCAUCAGAGUGAGUGUCCAUCAGAUGUAAAAACUGAGCCAUUUGAGAGCGCUUCUGAUACCGACUCACUGCCCAGUGACAUCACAGCAGAAACCUACUCCAGUCCAUAUCUCCUGGCUUGUGAGAAAGAAGCAGUAUGCGAUGUGUCUUCAGAUGUUGGGGCAGCCAAUUCCCCUCAGGAAUUUCAUCUGGCUGAUGCUCAGGGGCUUGGGUCAGAGCAACAGGUGAAAUUGCCUCCUGACUUAAAGGGAUCUACAUGCAGAGGUGAAAUUAUAUUCUCUGCAGGAACUGAGAAAGGACAGACAGAAGAGACAGAAUGGUCCAGCCAGAGCAGGACCCCGAGUUGCCUUUUGAAUCUCUGCUUGUGACCAUCCCU